GCCAAUGAAGUGAAAAAGGCCUUAGCUGAAACAGUACUUCUUAGUGAUGGUCGCUAUGGAUAUGUUAUCACAGAGGUUGAGGAUGCUAACGGACCUGACAAAUGGAAGUGUCACGUCUGUUCCAGGGUCAUCACGACUGAGAGGGCUAUGCUUAUGCAUUUAUCACAUCCCAUUCACAUGAGCAGGCUUCGAGUUCCUCAUCAUCCUCCUGGAAAUUUUAAAAAGAUUAUAAAAUCUAAAAAUGAUGCUUUCAAAAAAAAUAACCUUAGUCCAAGAAUGGAAGAGCAAGAGGAGAAAGGAGGAAAUAAUAAUAAAAAAGAUGGAAUUAGUAGUAGAGAAGAAUUGUGGUCUAACACAGUACGCCCUGGAGAACCUAUACCUCCAGGUAUGGAAGAUAUGGUUGAGAGUAAAUGCCAAAUUCAAGAAUCUUUAGAUAAUUAUACUGGGGGUCCACUUAUUGGAAUUGAAUAUAUUGUUGAACUGGUGAGCUCAGAAGAAGGAGUGAGGAAGGAGGAACCCAAAUAUAUUUGUUUACUCUGUGAAAAGAAAGGGGAUCCUAGAAGUGUUAUGGUCCAUCUAACUAGUCAUAACCAUGCUUUAAGAUACAUAAGCUGUUUCUUUAGAACUGCUGGAAAUGUUAUUAAUUUAAUACCGAAAACCCGAGAAAAUCGUAAAGGAGUUGGAAUGGCAGUUUCAAAAAUUGCCGAACAAAUUGAAAAGCAUUAUGGACGUCUAAAACCGACUUUAGCUGUAACUGAAACUUUUUCCCAGCAGAAAUAUGAAAUCCUUCGUCAGAUUGAUGAGAAAGAGCAUUUCAGGGAAACACCUUCAACUACGUUUAUACAGUACUGUACUCCAGAAAAAAUAAAGGAAUAUUCAAAAUUAGCAGAAGAUGAAAUAAUAAGUUCAAUCAAGAACAGGAAGCCAGACGAUUUUGAUGAAAUCAACCGUGGUUUUGAUAAGAACGAUGCACCUAAAACAUUCCCACAAAAAAAAAUAUUAGAUAAGGCCAGAAAUGUUCCAAUUCAGGAUAAAUUUUCUGGGAAGCUUAGUUUUAGUAUUGGAAAACCAGAAAGAUCUUUAGGUAGGAACAAAUCAUCUGAACAUCCGAAUCAACAACCCAUCGAUGACAAAGAUGAUGAUGAUGAAGUUAUAUUUGUUCCAUCAAACAAUGAACCUAUUGAAGUACGAUCUAUGUCAUCGAUUUCUUCUGCAUCUGAGGAGUCAAGGAUGAUAAGACACCGAUCCAGAUCACUUGUUCGGUCUCGGUCCAGAUCUAGAUCCAGGGGUAGAGGGAGAAUGCGGUCACCGUUAAGAAGAAAAGGACGUUCUAUUGAAAGGAGAAGAACACCUCCUUAUAGGAGAGAUAGACAUCGUAGUAGAUCAAGUAGAUCAAGAUCAAGGCAACGUUAUUACCGUGAACCUAUGUAUAUGCGUGGCGGAAGGGAUGAUAUUGACAGGCUUAGGAUACAUCCUAGGCUAAAGCGAUCGUUAUCAAGGGAAAAGGAUCGUGACAGGCUAAGGUAUGAGGCAAGAAUUAGAAUGGAAAGAGAUAGGCAUAGAAGAUCAUAUUCUUCAGAGAGAGACAGAAAAAGAUUAAGUCCACAUUCCAAAGGCAGGCAUGAUAGGCUGAGUCCCAGACAUGAUAAAUCUCCUGAAAUGAAAAAGAAGAAAUUGCAAAGUGAUUAUAAGUCUAAAAUGGAAAGUUACAGAUCUAAGUUGCAUGAUUUGGAGGUGGAAAUGGAUAAUAAACUUAAGUAUUUCAGAGAACGUCCAGAAAAGCAUCCUCAGUACUCAGAGGAAUGGAAAAAUUUCUGGAAUAGGCGAUAUAAAGAGAUCCAACAAUCGGGUAAAGAUCCUAAUUCAUAUGAUUUUAAACCUGAAUGGAUUAUUUUUUGGGAUGAACGAAUGAAACAGCUUCAUGAAGAAGAGCUAAAUGCUAAGAAAGAAGAACUAAAAAGUUUACUUCCAGUAGAAGAAAAAGGGCCUAGUAGCGAUCUUCAAGACAUAUCACCUCCAACACCUGAAAGUCAGAAAGAUGUUACAGUGGACGAUAUUAAAAAUACCUGGAAAGCUCUCACUGGCUCUGAUAUUAAAGCUCCCCCUAAACAAAAGUCUCCCUCACUUGAGAGGAAAUCUCCUGUGAGGAGAUCACCUUCCCCAUGGGAACUGGAGAAUCGUAUGGCCCAACCGAAGUCUGCAAAAGUAAAGCAUCCUUGGGAUGCUGCUCCUCCUAUAGUGCAUUGUCUUAGAAUGCUGUCUGUCCUCGAGCAACAGCUUGGUUCCCUGGGACCUAAGGCAUUAGAGCUCUUAUCCAAAGCCUUAGCCAUGGAAAAGUCUAAAAAUAAUGAAUCUAUGACUUUACUACAUGAUGAAGAGAUUCAUAUAUUUUUUGAGACUGUUAAGGAAAAGAUAAGAGGCCAACUCAUUGCUGGAAUAGUUGUAAGAUACUUAGUAAAUUCAUGUCGCUCUGUGAUAAACACAAUUGAAAGUAUGCUUGCAGCUUAUCCCGCGAAACCCAAGCAGCCAGUACCACCCACUCCUGCUGUAGUACCUCCUGCAAUUAUUCAACCUGAGCCGGUUAAAGUUGCUGGUGUGGGUAUGGUCAACAAAAUGGCUGUAGCUCAGCAGAUAGCUGAGAUUUUAGUUGCUCAAGGGAGAACCGAUGUUUCACAGCAGGAACUAGAAGAACUUAUAAAUGCUGUUGUUGGCAUUGCUUCUUCUUCGAACGCUAAUGUAAAUCAGUCAUCUACAGCUUUCAUAUCUCAGUUAAAUAUUCAAAAUUCCACUGCCACUUCACACAUAAAUGAACUCCUGGGCAACCUCAUUGCUUCUGCUCAAAAAAAUUUAGGUCCACCUUCAGUUGUUCCUGUUGAAAAUAUUCCUUUAGAAGCAGUAGAUGCGGUCACCCUUUCACAGUUUCCCACUUCGUUUGUCCAAUUUCCAUCAACAACUUCAUCCAUCUUGAACAUACCAAGUGCAUCUAAACUAUUAGAUACUGUUACUAAUACGAAAAUUGAACCAUUAAUUAAAAGUAUUUCUGCACCUAGUAAUAAAUCAGAUACUGUUCCUGAAAAAGUGAUUGAAAAGGAUAGUGGCAAUUCGGUUUCAGACGAAGACCUCAAAGAGCGUUUAAUUAAAUUUAAAUCUCUCAGUAGGGAUGAACAACAAAAUUUAAUAGCAUUACUUAAAGACCUGGAAAGCAAAGAUCCCCAGAGAGUUGAAAAACUGAGACAGUAUGUUGCUGUUGGCUUGACACAGCAGGCUUCUGGGAAUGAUUCAAGAGGUGAUGCACCACAUAGUGAAAAUUUAAAAGAUGGCAGAUUGUCUCCUUUUUCUUCAAGAAGUGGUGGUACAAAUCCUGUUGCUGAAGAAAAGAUUUUAUCCAAACCUUAUUCUGCAGAUAGUGAUCGUGAUGAAGAGGAUGAUGAUUACAGUGUUGAAGAUGUUUAUAAAUCUGUUAGUGAAAAGUUAAAAAAGAAAGAAGACGAAAGGAAAACAGAAAUAAGGCUGAAUUUGCCUCUAGAUAUUUUAGAUGAGAAUAGUACAUCAUCUCGCCACAGUUUCAGUAAUCCUGGAAAACCAUCUCUUACACCUCCUGCAUAUUCUCAAACAAAAGUUUUUAAUUCUGAUCCCAAACCAGCACCAUACACUCCGCAAAACCCACCUCAAGCCACCAAAAAUGAGUAUAUGUAUUCAGUUGCUGAAUCUCCGAAUCUUCCCCCAUCUGAACCAUUUCCUCCUCCUGUACAGCAUAACUACUCUGUUCAAGUUGAUAAUCCUCAUUUUAAAGGAGGCCAAUGGGUUGGUGGUCCUCCAAUGGGUGGAGAGAACGAAUGGUUAGGAAAUGAACAGUGGUCUCAUGGUGGGAAUCAAGACCCGUAUUCUGCAGCCUCAAGAGUCGGUGGUUUCCCAAAUAUACCAAAUACCUAUGAAGGUGGAACUUACAAUGGACCACAAGAUCCUUAUAAAACAGUUCCUGGGCCGUAUUAUAACGCUGAACAGGAACCUCGUGGAUACAUGGGGGGAGCUCCUGUUGAUAAAUCAUAUGCUCCUCCAUACAAUGCCAAUCAGCAGCCAUAUCAAUCUGGUAUGUACAGCAGUCAAGGGGGACCUUACAGUUAUCAGAAACCUCCUGGGCAGGGUGGUUAUUAUAACAACUAUAGACAGUAUUGA